AUGAGGAUUCUAGAGAAUGCAAAAAAAAAAGAAGAAGAUAAACAAACGCCGCUUCACUACGCUGUAAAAUAUAUCGAGGAUGUGGCUGAACUACUUAUCAAUCAUGGGGCUAACGUUAGUGCAGAAGAUACAAAUAAUCAAACGCCGCUACAUGUAGCUGCAUAUUAUGGUCAUAAAGUGGUCGAACUUCUUAUCAAUCAUGGGGCCAAUGUUAGUGCAAGGGAUAUAGAUAAUGAAACGGCUCUCCAUUUAGCUGUAAAAAGAUCUUAUGACAGUGCAGACAGAUAUUAUGUAGUCCAAACUCUCAUCAAUCAAGGUGCUGAUGUUAAUACUAUAAAUAACAGAAAAUGGACGCCGCUACACGAAGCUGUAGAGAGUGGUGAGAGGGAUUUGGCUGAACUUCUUCUCAAUCAUGGUGCUAGUGUUAAUGCAGAAACUAUUUAUAAAAAUACGCCGCUACAUUUAGCUGCUGAUUGGGGUAAUAUGGAUAUUGUCAAGCUUCUCAUCAAUCAUGGGGCUAAUCUUAAUGCAAAAGAUAGAGAAAAUAGGACUCCCCUCGUUCGUGCUCGUGAAAUGGGUGAGAAGGAAGUGUUCCAAUUUCUGCUCCCUCUCACGCUAGAAGCUUCGGAUGCCGUGAGAAUAUCACCAUUUUUUGGUAAACGUAUUCUGUAUUCAAUCAUACUAAUAUACACAAUAGCGCUUAUAAACAACAGUGAACAUACACAUAAAAUAAAUCAAUGUUUUACAUGA